AUGACAGAGGUGGUAUUAACGGUUAACUCAAGGUCCCUGAUAUACGUGUCCCUGGACGACGAAGAUCAAGAAGCUCAUACGCCAAAUCACCUCCAGAGUGAAAUGUUCGCCAACCUAUUUUGGAAACGCUGGGUCAAAGAGAUGCUACCAAACAUAACACGAAGGUGCAAGUGGCAUAAAAACGUAAAACUAAUUGGAGUAGCCAACAUCGUACUUAUAGUGGAGGAAAAUCACCGUCGAAAUACCUGGACAAAGGGUCGAGUGGUCGAAGUGACCACCGCAGCGGAUGGUCAAAUCCGCCAGGCGAAGACCACCAGCAAGUUAGACGACAUCAUCUUGGCGUGUUCAUGUCCUUGUUCUUUGGUCCUGAAAGGAAGUUUACCAAAGACCAGCGAGCUACCAGUCGCGAUGCGGACGGUCUUCUGCACCCUAUCCGGUUUUUCUUGCUACUUUGUGUCCUACGAAUUCAUAAUGCGUCAGAGGAAACAACCUAGCAUUCCAUAUACGCUUUUAGCUGGAGGCUGCGCUGGAAUGGCAUCCUGGUUAGCCUGUUACCCAAUUGAUGUAAUUAAGACGCAUAUGCAAUCUGAUUCUCUGGGAAACCUCGCAAAGUAUAAUGGAUUUGUAGACUGUGCAAUAAAGGGCUAUGGGAAAGAAGGUAUCCACUUUUUCUUUCGCGGACUUAGUUCUACAUUAAUCAGAGCAUUUCCGAUGAACGCAGCUUGCUUUUUCGUUGUUUCGUGGGUACUCGAUUUUUUUAAUAGUAAAGGAGUCGAUAUGGUCGUGAAUCCUGAUAAAUCCUUAAAUAUUGUCAAUUUGGAAAACACAAACUUAGGCUUACAAACUUGCUCUUCGUCACCAAUUGAUAAAUUAGUACGAAAAAUAAUUACCAACAACAAUUUAGAGCCAAGCUAUGACUUACAACUCACUAGCGAUGAGGUUCUAAGAUGCUCUGUAAAAAGUUAUACUAAUACUACAAGCCAAAUUGAUUCUGAACGUUUUACUGAAAAAACAAAAUAACGAAAUGUUAAUAAUAAAGCGUCUUACUUAAAUAAUUUGUGAAGUUUAACAUAACGGAAGCUUAAUUUUUAUUAAACUAC